AUGGAUUCAAAAUCCAUCUAUGGUGUCUCCGUCACCGUCUUCCUCCUUUUCAUUCUCCCUAUCCAUUCUGCAUUACCUCAUAACUCCUCCGCCGUUCAGAUCAACUCCAACUCCAUCCUCGUUGCGCUUCUUGAUUCCCAUUACACCGAACUUUCUGAACUCGUGGAGAAAGCUCUUCUUCUUCAGAAACUUGAAGAAGCUGUUGGGAAACACAAUAUCACUAUCUUUGCUCCUAGAAAUCAAGCUCUGGAACGUGACCUAGAUCCUGAAUUCAAACGCUUUCUUCUCGAACCGCGGAAUUUGAGGUCGCUUCAAACGCUUUUGAUGUCUCACAUUCUUCCUUCCAGAAUCGCUUCACACCACUGGCCGAAUACUGAUCUCCACCACCAUACACUCUCCCACCACCGUCUUCAGUUAACCACAAAUCCUUCCGGUAAGAAAACUGUUGACUCCGCUGAGAUUCUCAAACCCGACGACGUUAUCCGCCCCGACGGCGUUAUCCACGGAAUCGAACGUCUCAUUAUCCCUCGCUCCGUACAAGAAGAUUUCAACCGGAGGAGAAAUCUCGCUGAUAUAUCAGCGAUUCUCCCGGAAGGAGCACCGGUGGUAGAUCCACGAACUCACCGAUUGAAAAAACCGGUCUCCGUUCCAGCCGGUGCUCCACCAGUGCUACCAAUCUACGACGCAUUGGCACCGGGACCAUCUCUAGCUCCGGCUCCGGCACCAGGACCGGGAGGACCACGUCAUCACUUCAACGGAGAACGUCAAGUGAAGGAUUUCAUCCACACACUUUUGCAUUACGGAGGUUACAACGAAAUGGCGGAUAUUCUUGUUAACCUAACGUCGCUUGCAACGGAAAUGGGCCGUUUAGUUUCUGAAGGCUAUGUUCUCACCGUUUUGGCACCAAACGACGAAGCAAUGGCGAAAUUAACCACCGAUCAAUUGAGUGAACCAGGUGCACCGGAACAAAUCAUAUACUACCAUAUAAUUCCCGAGUAUCAAACGGAGGAGAGUAUGUAUAACGCCGUUAGAAGAUUCGGUAAAGUUAGUUACGAUACACUCCGUUUGCCACAUAAGGUUGUUGCUCAAGAAUCUGACGGUUCCGUUAAAUUCGGUCACGGCGAUACUUCCGCUUAUCUCUUUGAUCCUGAUAUUUUCACCGACGGGAGAAUCUCCGUUCAGGGAAUUGACGGUGUUCUUUUACCUCCCGAGGAAGAAAAGGAAGAUGAAUCCCCAGUUCACCGUGCAAAAACUCCACUUGUUAAAGUUGUUACUAAACCAAAGAGAGGGAAGUUGCUGGAACUCGCUUGUAGCAUGGUUGGAACUCUUGGAAGAGUCUGCUCAUGA